ACUUAGCAUAGCUGGAUACAUUUUUCAAUUGAUUAUUUGAAGACGAACGUUCAUUUUAAAGAAUACAUAUAUUACUGAAAACAGAGGCUAAAAAGUUCCAUGAAUCAAAUUAGAUACAAUAUCCGCAUGUUAAAUUUGACUUCACAUGUGCAUGAAAUCCAAAUGUUAAAUUCGACUUCAAAUUCAAGCAGUAAUGAAGUAGUACCAGAAGAGAUAUAUGUAUUUUUAGGAGUUUAUUUAUCUGUGGUAUGUUUCGUUGGUAUUUUGGGGAAUACCACUGCUUUGUUUGUCUUUUUCAGACAUGCACACCUCCGAACACGGAUCAAUGUAUUCAUCAUUGCGCUUCUGAUAAACGAUUUAAUCUUGUGUGUUUUUGGCAUUCCUCUAUCAGCGGCAUCAAAUUUUCAUGGAUACUUUGUAUGGGACUUCUCAGUUUGUGUAUUUCAAGGAUUUAUAAUGUUUUUUGGGAGCAUGAGUAGCAUGUAUAUUUUAAGUGCCAUUUCAUUAAGUAGAUACAUUGUUAUAACCAGACAAAUGUCUGCCGUGGUUGUUAACAACACAGUGAGCGCUACGAUGCUGGCAUUUUGUUACAUUUUGGGAUUAUUUUGGAGCGCAAUACCUUUUUCGGGAUGGACACGUUAUGAGUAUGAGGCUAUAGGAACCACGUGUUCGGUAGCUUUGGAUAGUGCGGACUUCUAUGUGCUUAGUUACAAUAUUUGUAUAUUCGUAUUUUGUUACUUGGUCCCUGUAAUAACCAUGAUAUUCUGUUACUGUAAGAUACUUCAGACGAUUCGAAGUUCAAACAAAAAUUCAGUAUGGGGCAAGCACAGUAGAAUAUUACAGAACAAGUUAAAACUUGAAAAGAAGCUAAUGAAAACUGUUAUACUAAUGAUUGGUGCUUUCUUACUUUCAUGGACACCAUACGCAGUUGUUGCAUUCUGGAGAGCGUUUGGAUUAGGAAAUGUUCCAGUCGUAGCCAGUGGAAUUCCUGCGAUUCUUUCUAAAACAUCAGCUAUAUGGAAUGUUUUUAUAUACACGUUUAGUAAUACACAGUUCAGAGAUGCUUUAUAUCAGUUGAUUCCAUGCCAGGACUUACGAAAGAAACUGAUUCCUUCAAAUGACAGUUCUGGAUCUCCAGAAAAAAUUAACCAGCCGAGUAGUGCUCAAAGGAAAGAGUUGCUCACGUGCAGUGAUGAUAAUGAAUGUAUACCAUUGGAGAAAGUAGAAACAUAAUUAUUAAAUAUAAAAUACAAACAAACUGUGGUCUAAAGAAAAGAAAUAGGAAAAACAAAACAAACUAUGGUUUAAGGAAGAGACAGUAGAAAAAAUAUACAGACUAUGGUCUUAAGAAGAGAAAGUAGAAACAUUAUACAAACUAUGUUCUAAAGAAGAGAAAUAAGAAUCACAAUGAUGAAAUAUAACAUACAAACUGAGGAGAAACAAGAAUCACAAUGAUGAAAUAUAUCAUACAAACUGUUGUCUAAAGAAGAGAAAAUAGAAUACAUCCUUUAAU